AUGGAAAACAACAAAGAAAAUCCUCCGGUUAACGAUAGCGAGCACAAUCGUAAAAAGCAUGCAGAGUCAGAGCAGAAAAGACGUGAUGAAAUGAAAAUCCGCUUUAAUACGCUUCGCGAAAUUCUUGCUUCUACAUCUUAUCCAAGUAACGAUGCAUCCAAGGGAAUUCAAGAUGAAAAUAAUAGCCUUAAUCAAUCCCGCGUGAAUUGGGACGUAGAAAAGGAAAUCCUUAAUAAAAUGAAUCAUUUAAAUGAAGAAGUGAAUCGUUUGAAUGAACAUCAGGAAGUGGAUCAAGGUUUAUUAAUUGUGGAAUACACAACUAUUCAUCCAUCACUUUAG